AUGCUUCUCAUCACAGCGAAACUGCUCGGCUUCAAAUUCGCGUCUACGCACUUCGACCUCGACAGUCGUAUAGACCAAGUCUUGAGCAACACGUCUCUCCAAGAAGACACAGCCGGUGACUUUCCAUCACUCGACCUCUUCCGCAAGUUCUGCCUACUCGCUUUCUAUGAGUUCCAUCAGUUUCCAGGCCAACAAGCCUGGAUGCGAAUAGGAAAAAUUGUCCGUUUGGCGUAUUGGAUGGGCCUUGAUCGUCUCGACAUAAUCCAAUCUGUCUCUCCAGAAUGGUCAAACGUAAACAACAAGGACCUCCAAGACUGGAAGCUUGUCUGGUGGUGUGUAUAUCGUCUUGACUCAUAUGCCAACCUCUCAUCCGGGACGCCCUACCAGAUUGAUGAGCGACUUGUCAAUACGUCUUUUAUCCACGACCACUACCAGGGUCAGCUCUCACAGAGUCUUAUUUCCCCUUGCAGGCUCCCCUACGAUCCGCGUGGCCUUCCCGAUCUGCUCUUGUUUGUCAAGUCUGGCGCUGAGAGCAGCCUGCUCUUCAAUAUUCAUCUCAUCACCAUCACUGUCUUGCGACAAUUCGGCAGACCAAUGAGCAUGUGUUAUCUAGUUCCUCACGAAAACAUCACGGCCAUCGUACUCGAUGCAGAACGAACUCUAUCUGCAAUACGUCUAGCCUUACCACGGAACUUUCUAAAUCCUGGAAGGAAUGCGUUUAUGAAUGAGUCAAAUACUGAUCACCAUGCCCGGUUAGUUUCAGUACUUCACUUGCAUAUGGCUCAACUGUUGGCUGCCCUCGCGAGCUGCUACUAUCUUCCAGAAGGUGACGAUUGGACACUUAGCUGGCAACGUGUUCUGGAGACCUGCCAGAACAUAGCGGGGAUAGCAGAGAAAUGGGACAGCAAUUACACUCUCACCGUAGACCCAGCACUUUCACUCAUCAGCUUGACGGCCCUUGUCUUCCUGGAUAUUCACAAGAAAUAUACUGAGAGUACCAACUUACACCUCAUAUCCGAGAUUGAGAAUUGCGAACUUCUUCUGUUGCUCCAACUUGAGCAACUUUCGGCCCAUUGGAAACUUCCAGAUCUAUUAAUCUUGUCAUUCAAGAGCUUCAAGGAGUCGGUGACAGGUCCCCUCUCUUACCCCCACAUUCAACUCAUCCUUUCCCGGUUUGAGAGUCCUUUGCAUCCGAGGUGGUUACAGUUCUUGUCAUCUGCUCAAACGCAUCUCGAGAACGUGAUAUGGGGACAUGCGUCAUGA